UUCACCUAUUUUUAUACAUUUAAUCUUUGGUUGAUUUGAUCAUUAAUAAGUUUUGAAAGCGAUUAAAUAUAACUUUUAAAAGAAUAUGAUAAGUUGAAUUCGAGUUUGAACAAGCAUCAAAUAUGCUUGAAGGCUAAAAAUAUGUAUUCAACCUCGGCUGCUUCAAGCGCAUUACAAGAUGAAAAUCAAAAUAACACAGAUCGAAAUCAAUGGAAGCUUUCAAACUCAGAAAAUGACAAUGCUGGCAUUGGGCUAAAUAAAAACGUUCAAUUAAAUUCCUAUGACAAUAAGACUAUCUCUCAAAGAGUAACAAUAAACGUCUCUGGUUUAAAGUAUGAAACAUUUUUAAAAACAUUAGAACAAUACCCUGAAUCGUUGCUAGGUGAUCAAUUAAAACGAGCACCAUACUACGAUGAAGAUCAUAAUGAAUAUUUUUUUGAUCGAAAUAGACCCGCGUUCGAUGCAAUUUUGUUCUAUUAUCAAUCAUGUGGAAAAUUAAUACGUCCGCCGAAUGUACCUAUGGAUGUUUUUACGGACGAAAUAAGAUUUUACGAACUUGGAGAACAUGUAAUUCAUAAAAUAGAAAGAGAAGAGGGGUAUAUAGAGGACGAAGAGCCCGUUUACCCAAAAGGGAAGUGGAAAAGAAAAAUAUGGGAGUUGUUUGAAUUCCCAGACACUUCAAUGCUUGCAAAAAUUGUCGCUAUUAUGUCUAUUUCUAUAAUUACACUUUCUAUAGUAACAUUUUGUGUUGAAACACUUCCUCAAUUUAGAUAUGAAAAAAUCUGCAUAAACGGAACUCAUUCUUGUGUAACACGUGAAAUAAAUAACGAAAAAGCCAUGCCAUGGUUUGCCAUUGAGUCUGCAUGUAUAGUGUGGUUUACAUUUGAAUAUAUUAUGCGGUUUAUUUCGUCUCCUGACAAAUGCAUAUUUGUGAGGUCUUUUUUAAAUAUUAUAGAUAUUAUAGCUAUUGUACCAUACUAUGUUACUUUACCAAUGGAAUCAUCUAAUGUAUCUUCACUUGGUGUUUUGAGAGUUAUACGACUUGUACGUGUUUUUAGAAUAUUUAAACUUUCAAGACAUUCAAGAGGACUGCAAAUAUUAGGACAUACGUUAAAAGCAAGUUUGCGUGAGCUUGGACUUUUAAUAUUUUUUCUACUUAUUGGUGUUAUACUGUUUUCUUCUGCCGUUUACUAUGCAGAAGGAGGAGAUAAAGAGACAUUUAAAAGUAUUCCAGACGCUUUUUGGUGGGCUGUUGUAACAAUGACUACCGUUGGCUAUGGUGAUAUGAAACCAACAACACCAUGGGGAAAAAUUGUAGGAAGUUUGUGUGCAAUAUCAGGAGUGUUAACAAUUGCGCUUCCGGUUCCUGUUAUCGUGUCCAACUUCAACUAUUUUUAUCAUAGAGAAAACGAGCUGCGAGCAGCUGACGCAAAUAAAAAAGAAAAGAAAAAAAGAGAGGAAGAAAAAAAGGAAAAAAAUAAAGAAUACAAAGAACUUAAAAAUAAUUCAUCAGCAGAAAAUGAUGAGUUAAACAAAGACAAACUAAAUAAUGGUUUGCAUAAAGUCAUAUUAUUUGAAGAUGACCAUGAAGAAGUAAAAGGCGAUAGUGCAACGCUACCAUUAUUAAACCUUGCAUCAAAUGUUUUAUUACUAAAUAAUUCAACAAACACAACCGAUCAAAUCGAUAAUAAUGCUACAAAUCAAACAAUAAACGAAAACGAGGUGUCAAACAGUAUUUAUUCUUCUUCAAUAAUCAAUAAAGUAUAAAUUUCGUUAGACAACUAUAUAGUGCAAAUAAUGACGAAUUACGGAUAGUGAGUGAUAAAAUGCAAACUAUCUUUAUUCGAUUGACUAUGACGCAACAAUCGACUAUUGACGUAUAAAUACGAUAAGACUAUAAUGAUAAACAAAACGAUCUUUUUUUGAUCGACUGUUAAAUAUGAACUAAGUUUGAUAGUGGUAAAGAGAAAAAAACUUUAUUUUUAACAACUAUAAGGUAUUAAACAUGUUGUAUAAACUUGUGAUGGGGUCUUAUUAACAUAAAGUUUUA